AUGGAUGGCACCCCCGACGCGCAAAGCAGCCGGCAACUAAUGCGACCGCCGGAUGACAACAUGAUGGAAGCGAGGGCUUCUGAGAUUGCAGCGCCCGCCGACAUCGCCUACGACGAGCGUGCCAGUGCCGUUUACACGCCGCAGGGUACGGACGACGGCGGUGUAAGAAGCGUCGACGACACUGCCCAAGCGAAACCAUCGAGCGCGCUUCCGCACCGUCCAGACGCUGCCACGAAGGAGGUGACAGACGCAACGGCCGACGCGGCGCCACCCGACCGGCAACAGAAGACGCUCCGGCACGUACCGUCAUGCAUUUACGCACCGAAGACGACACCAACACCACGAGAGACACCGCAGUUGUUUUGCCGACGACAGCAACGGCGAGUGACCGCUCGCGCCAAAAUUUGA